AUGUCGCGCCCACCCGCCGCCGCCCAACCCAACUCCACCGUCGCCGCCCAAUUCAAUCAACCGCUGAAUGCUGCGCCCCCCACCCCCAGGCCCAACCCUGCCCCGUUCGCGGUUGCUGGUCCCUUCCAGCCCCUCGGCGUUCCGCGGCCGGCGCCGUUCCCGGCGCCCUUCUACCACACGUGGCGGCCGCCGGUAUUUCCGCCCGUCUUGCCACCCGGCGCUUUCCGCGGGCCUCGCGUAUACCAGCCUCCGCCACCACCGUCGGGUGGAUUUCGGCCACACACAGGCACCCCCUUUAACCCGUUCGGUAGAGAUUUGGUUUUAGAAUGUAGAAAUGGCCGCAUUUGUAUUAUGAUUCACAAUUUUGUGUUGACUGACUGCUUCUCUGUAACAGUAUUGGUUGUGCCGUGAUGCACUGCCAUACGAGAAAGGCGAGCCUUGUUUGUUUCAGAAGAUCUAAUGAUCUUACACGACCUUUGGUGUGUUUUGGUUUGCUUCCACGACCUUUAUGUGUUUGGUAAUGCUUAUUGUCUGUCUUGUUACAUUAAAUCAAAUGCAGUGCACAGUAUUUCGGUGGUCUAA